CAGAAGAUCAGAGCUAGGAGACACUAGGGUUCAAAAGAAAACCCAUCUUCAUUCCUCGAUCAGAGCUUGGAGAGACUAGGGCGUUGAAUGCUUUGAUUCCUCAUGGAAGCUCAUAAUUCAAAUUCGGAGCUCCACAGCCCGUGUUUGGGAGCUGCAGAUAGUCAAAGGUUCGUCAACGAUGCCACUACCGUAAGACGUGCGAUUUCGGGAGGUGGUGCACAUGGUCACGAGUGUACUUCUUCUGAUCGGAAUAUGAAUGGCGGCGCGGAGCUGGCAUCUGUAACGGUGGUUCCAGCUGGCGGUGCUGUAUUGGACGCCGGGAAAACUGCAGAGGUGAAUGCUUCGCUGGCUAGGGUGAUCGGCACGGAGAAGAGGAAGAGGGGUCGGCCGCCCAGGGGGCAGGCUGCUGGGAAGCCUCCACCGCCGAAGAGGAAGAGGGAGGAGGAUGAGGAGGAAGAUGUUUGCUUUAUAUGCUUUGAUGGCGGUUCGCUUGUGCUCUGCGAUCGCAAGGGAUGUCCGAAGGCAUAUCACCCAGCUUGUAUCAAACGGGAUGAGUCAUUUUUCCGCUCCAAGGCUAAAUGGAAUUGUGGUUGGCAUAUUUGUAGUGUGUGCCAUAAGUCUUCCCAUUAUAUGUGCUAUACUUGUACAUAUUCAUUGUGUAAGAGUUGCUUUAGAAAUGCCGAUUACUUUUGUGUCCGAGGGUGCAAAGGAUUUUGCUCUACAUGCAUGAGAUUUAUCUUGUUGGUUGAAAACAAAGACGAGGCAAACAAGGAAACGGUUCAAGUAGAUUUUGAUGACAAAACUAGCUGGGAGUAUCUUUUCAAGGUAUACUGGAUUCUUUUGAAAGAAAAGUUAUCAUUAACAUCAAAUGAACUUAUUCAAGCAAAGAAUCCUAGGAAAGAAGCUGUUGCAACACAGUCCAAGCUCCAAUUAGCUAGUGCUCAUUUUUAUGCAAAUGAUAGUAAAGGUGUUAUUGGGAAGUCUUCUGAACAUAUAGAGCUGAAGAAUCACAAGGAAAUAGAAGAGUUAUCUAAGAAAGACUCUUUAAUUCCUGAAAAUUCAAACAUUGCCAAACUGGAUAAUGCUCAUCUUUGUGCGGAUUACAAGCCUUCUGAACACGUAGAGCUGAAGAAUGGCAAGGAAAUGGAAGAGUUAUUUAAGGGAGAUUCUUUAAUUCCUGAAAAUUCAAACACUCACCAAUUGGAUAGUACUCAUCUCUAUGCAAAUGAUAGUAAAGAUAUUAUUGGCAAGUCCUAUGAACAUUUGGAGCUGAAGAAUCACCAGGAAAGAAAAGAGUUAGGAAUGGAAGAUUCUUUAAUUCCUGAAAAACAUAACAAUGCCAAAUCAGAUAGUGUUCAUCUUUAUGCAAAUAAUAGUGAAGGGGUUACUGGUAAGUCAAUUGGACAUGUCGAGCUAAAGAAUAACAAGGGAAAGGAAGAGUUGGCUAAGGAAGAUUCUUUGAUUCUUGACAAUCCAGACAUUGCCAAAUCCGAAAAUGCCUGCAUUGGCAUUUCUAAUGAACAUUUGGGACUGACGAAUUCUGAUGAGCCUCAAAGCAAAGCUAAUGACUCAGUUAUGAAAGGAUACCCUGAAUGGGGAACUAAAGAGUUGUUGGAGUUUGUUGCAUAUAUGAAAAAUGGUGAUAUGUCACCUCUUUCUCAGUUUGAUGUUCAGGAACUUCUGUUAGAUUACAUAAAGAGGAAUAAUCUUCGAGAUCCACACAAGAAGAGUGAAAUUCUUUGUGAUCUAAAGCUCAAGAAUCUGUUUGGAAAAUCACGUCUUGGACACAUUGAAAUGUUGAAGCUUAUUGAGUUCCACUUUCUUAUAAAGGAUUGUACUAAGAAAAAUGCUUUUAUACCAGCUGGAAUUGUUGGGAGUAGCUCUAACCAUUUGGAGGCCAAUGUAAGUAACUCGUCCUCGAGACACAAAAAUAAGAGACGUAAACCAUGCAAAAAGGGUGAAGAAAAAGCUCCACAAAAUAGCCUUGACGAGUACGCUGCAAUUGAUGCCCAUAAUAUAAAUCUUAUAUAUUUGCGGCGUGGUUUGAUGGAAAAUAUCUUUGAAGACGGGGAGAAGUUCCAUGAUAAAGUCAUAGGGUCCAUUGUUCGUAUAAAAAUAUCUGCAAAUGAUCAGAAGCUGGAUAUGUACAGGCUUGUCCAUGUUGUAGGUACGUGCAGAGUGACCACACCAUACAAGAUUGGAGAGAAGACAACAAAUAUAAUGCUUGAAGUACUGAAUCUGGACAAAAGAGAGGCUGUAUCUAUUGAAACUCUUUCCGAUCAAGAAUUCUCUGAGGAUGAAUGUAGACGAUUACGUCAAAGUAUUAAGUGCGGGCUCGUAAAACCGAUGACUGUUGGUGAGAUAGAGAAGAAAGCAAUGGAACUCCGGCCUGUGAAACUAAGUGAAUCCUUGGAAUCAGAGAUACUGCGGCUCAACCAUCUUCGUGAUAGAGCAAGUGAAAAUGGGCGUAAGAAAGAAUAUCCUUUGGUGGUACAGUACAUGCUGUUUGUAAUUCAAAUACUCCCUCCGUCCCGAAAUUGAUUACAUUUUUUUCUCUCACCUCUCGGUAACUUUUGUUUAUUUGUGUGUUUUCAUUGAUUAUUUGAUUAAAUAAAAUCUUCUUGUCACCUCUUGUUUUGUAGAAAUUUUGACGUAGUUUUUUAAAUAUGUAUGUUUUAUUCUCUAUUGAUGUACAAAUUUGUAAAUAAAAUGAUUUCAAAAAA